UUAUAUUAUAUUUUAGUUAGUGAUAGAGUCAAGUACUGGAGUAGACCUUCUCUAUCGUUUUAUCGUUUUAUCGUUUUAAUGCCAUUUUUACAUUUAGAGUUUAUAUGACUUUCGACUGAUCGACGAGUGCCGACUGUGUGUCUGUCUGUGUUAACUCAAGUGUUUACAUAAGUCGAAAAUUGUCUUAAAUAAAUCUAAUGAAGAAUUAAUUAAACCGAAAUGGCUAACAAAGGCGGUCCUGAAACGGAAGAACAAACCAGAUUAAGGUUUCAAGUAGAACUAGAAUUUGUUCAAUGCUUAGCUAAUCCAAAUUAUUUAAAUUUUUUAGCUCAACGUGGAUACUUCAAGGAUCAGUCUUUUAUUAAUUAUUUAAAAUAUUUAUUGUAUUGGAAAGAACCAGAUUAUGCAAAGUUUAUUAAGUAUCCCAUGUGUUUAUAUUUUUUAGAUCUCUUACAACACGAACCAUUUAGAAAAGAAAUAGCUACUGCUAUUUGUUCUAAAUUUAUUGAUGAUCAGUUAUUAUUGAUUUGGCAACAUUACACUAGACGGAGAACAAAAUUGAUUCAUACUGCAUAUGAGCACAACAUGAAUAUGAUGAAUAAAUCUGGUGCAUCAAACAUUGGACAAGCACAAACUAAUGGCACAAAUGGAAUCAUGCCAGCUUCAAUGCCCAUUCCUAAAGUUAUGCCUCCUUAACUUAUAAUCAUUUAUAAUAAUUUAAGAUUAUUUUAUAAAACUUAUAAUUGUAUGUUGUAUCUUUCUACAUAUUAAAUGUUCAUUAACUUUGUACUUUAAUAACACUGUGAAAAUGUAAUUAUAAGUGGUUUAUCUAAAAUUAACUUAAGUAUUAUGUAAGAACUAUUUGCAAUUAUAUAUUUUUACGUUACCCAAAUUGAUUUGAUUUAAAAAAAAAAAAAAAAAAACAGACUUAAAACCAUACAGUUGUGCAAUUGAUUGUAUUUUAGAAAAUAAAAAAAAAAAUAUUAUGUUUGAUAAAAUAAAAAACAUAAUUUAUUAAAUUAAAUUCUGAUUGAAAUUAUAAUAAAGGUGUUUCUAAUAAUUAA